AAAAAUUUGAAAUUUGACAGUGACAUAUUGGUUUUUCUGAUAUGAAUUAACAAUUAACGUGUAUUGUGUCUGUAUGGUUGUAAAAAAAUAACCAGUUCCUGGUGAUGAAAAUAAAAAAUGGCAAAGGAAAAUUCAAGCUGUUUUAUUCUGGAAAAAAUAAGUGAACAAGUGGGUACCUCGGAGCCCGCACUUAAAUUACUAUUGACUGUUUUAGCUGGUUAUCCUUUAGCUUUAAUUCAUAGGAAAUAUUUUUAUGGAAAAGAUGUCAGCUUGCAACAUUUAUUUUUCAUUGCCUCUGGAUUCUCCAUGGGAUAUUGGAAUUAUGGGCGAGACAUGUUUCAUUGUGUCUUCACAACUUUUUUCACCUAUUGCACACUCUUCAUUUUGAAAGGAACAGAUAUUAGUGUUGCAAUAACUUUAAUUUUCAAUUUAGGAUACCUUCUAAUAGGAUAUUAUUAUGCUAGUACAGAUAGUUACGACAUUAAUUGGACAAUGCCACAGUGCAUAUUAACUUUGAGAUUAAUAGGUGUUGCAUUUGAUCUUUACGAUGGACAUCAGCCUGUCGAAACACUAUCUAAAGACAGUAAAAAAGUUGCGUUGCAGAAAAGGCCCAGCUUACUAGAAAUGUUUGGACAUGCCUUCUUUCCAGCCUCUUUUUUGGUUGGACCACAAUUUCCUAUGAAAAGGUACCAAGAGUUUGUUUCUGGGCAGUACAGUGAAAAGGAAACUCCCAACCAACCGCCUGACAGUAUUGAUGCUGCAAUAAGAAGAUUUGCUCUAGGGGUGCUCUAUCUAGUCAUAUUUCAGGUUUUAGGCAUUUUUGUGUCUGAUGAUUUGUUUAUCAGCGAUGAAUUUGGGAAUCUAAGCUUUGCACGGAGAAUAUUGUUAUUGGGAAUAUGGGGAAGAUAUACAUUGUACAAAUAUAUAUCCUGUUGGUUGUUGACAGAAGGAGCAUGUAUAUUAUUUGGCCUAACUCACAAUGGAGAGGAUGAAAAUGGCGAGGUUCAAUGGAAUGGUUUGGAAAAUAUAAAAAUUUCUAUUUUCGAGAACACCACCGAAUUCGGACAUUUCAUUCAAUCUUUUAAUGUUAACACCAAUCAGUGGUCUGCACAAUAUAUUUAUAAGAGACUGAAAUUUCUUGGCAAUCGCCUUGUGAGUCAAUCUGUUACCCUUCUUUUCUUGGCAGUUUGGCAUGGACUCCAUUCAGGAUACUACGUUUGUUUCUUAUUUGAAUUCAUUGUUAUGUACAUGGAGAGAGAUUUGAAAUCCAUAGUGAAGUCCAAUGAAACGCUAACCCGAUUUUUUGAUAUCCCACAACUGCAAUUGCCUCUACAGAUUAUUUUGAGGAUCUACACCUUUGUCUUCAUGGGAUGGUGCCUAUUGCCAUUUGCUCUUUUGCAUUUUCAUUCAUAUAUGAAGGCAUUCGCAAAUGUUUAUUAUAUUGGUGCAGUAUUGUUUCUGCUGUGGCCUAUUGUAUAUGCCCCAAUACUCAGAUUGAUUUUCAAGAAAACAAAGAUUCGUAGUGAGUAACUUGUAUGGAAACUGAUAUUAUUCGCUAAAGAAUUUCUAUAAAUGACUGAAAUUGAACUUUUUUUUAGUAUUUUAUAGUUGCUUGGUAUUUUUUUUUUGAAAAUGCAGUCUUAUUGUAUUUUUACCUAUUUAUUUGAGAUAAUUUGAAUUCACCAUUGUUGAAAAUCGUUUCAUGCUUUGGAGUUCAUAUAGAACGUAUGCAAUUUUUUUUAUUAUGUUAUUAUGGCAAUAUCAAGUGCUAAGGGUGCUUCUUCUGUGAAUAAUUUUUUUGUUUUCGUGAUACUUCAUUAUGAAUAUCUACUAUUUCUCAUAGUAUAUUAAAACGUAACAACUCUGUCCAGUUUUCAAAAAGAGUGUGAAGUCAGUAUUCUGAAUAUAUUUUUGCUAGUUUUUUUCAUGAGUCACAGUAUCCAUGAAA